UCGGCUCAGUCCAGGUUCGACCUGCCGCGGAGCGACCGUCUCUUCCAGCGGGAGGUUGUGUUUGUCUGGAGCCGACACCGUUCACCGUCUAUCGGGCUGACUGUCUCCCCUGAGCAGGAUGGGCUGUGCCGGAUUCACCUGCUCCAAACACGCGCUGUGCGCGCUCAACAUCCUCUAUGUGAUGGUCAGUCUGCUGAUGAUUGGCAUCGCGGCGUGGGGGAAGUGGUUCGGUCUGGUCUCCAGCUUCCAGGUGGUGGGGGGCGUCAUCGGUGUGGGGGUGUUCCUCUUCUUCGUGGCCCUGGCGGGUCUCAUCGGGGCCAUGAAGCAUCACCAGGUCCUGCUCUUCUUCUACAUGAUCGUCCUGUUCAUGGUGUUCAUUGUGCAGUUCUCUGUGUCCAGCGCCUGUCUGGCCAUCAACCGAGAGCAGCAGGAUCACCUGCUGGAGGUGGGCUGGAACAACUCUCGGAGCACUCAGAGGGAUGUGGAGAAGAGCAUCAACUGCUGUGGCUUCAGACAGGUGGACCCCAACGGCACCUGUGACGCCGCGUGUUUCCCCAACCACUCCUGCCUCCCCUGUGCAGAUAAGAUCCAGGAGCAUGCUGGGAAAGUUUUACGUUUCGUGGGAGGGAUCGGGCUCUUCUUCAGCUUCACUGAGAUCCUGGGAGUGUGGCUCACAUAUCGCUACAGGAACCAGAAGGACCCCAGAGCCAACCCCAGCGCUUUCCUGUGAGGCGGCCGCCGGCUGAAGCGUCUGCACGCUGUCACCUCUCCACCUCUGUGAACUUUCUCUGGGCUUCACCUGUAAAUACGAGAUCGACCUGUGUGUUUCCACUGACUGCUGCAGCCGUGCUGUUUGAUGUGACGUGUGUGAAGUGUGUUCUGUGUGUGAAGAGACGUGUCUCACACCAGCACACACAAUUAGUACACUGAGCAUUGUGGGUAAAAAAGAGGGAACAUUGUCCACAGCAGUCUGCUGUAUGUUCCAGUAUUUAUGCCACCUGCCUGAUGUUGACCCUGUACACUGUUUGUUUGUUUGUUUGUUGUUUGUCUCAGUCGGUCCCACUGAACGCAAUAAUGUCAACACUGUGUGAAAGAAUGAAGGAUACAGGUGAUGACCUGCAACUGUUUUUACUGUGUGUGUGUGUGUGUGUGUGUGUGUGUGUGUGUGUGUGUGUGUGUGUGUGUGUGUGUGUGUGUGUGUGUGUGUCUGUGUGUGUGUCUUGCUCCUGGCUGCCUGCUGUGUAUUUGGCCUUUUGCAUGACUCUAAGUUGCUGUAUGAUGAUUCUGUGAAGCACCUGUUUGAGCCUUUGUACUGUAAAACACAAUAAAACAAUA